AUGAAUUGCAUUGCACACAAAUCAAGUGCUGGUCAGCAGGAGGGAGCAGAGCAGUGUUUGGUCAGGAUGUCGAGCUCAGUCUGCUCCCUGUCGCUCCUUGGCCUUGCUGCCGCUCUUCUUCUCUGCUGCUCCCGGCCUGCGAUCGCCAAGGAGCAGCGCCACGAGUUCGUGAUCCAGGAGGCGGCGGUGACGAGGCUGUGCAACAUGCGGAGCAUCGUGACGGCGAACGGGCAGUUCCCGGGGCCGGCGGUGGAGGUGAACGAGGGCGACUCCCUCGUCGUCACCGUCGUCAACAACGCCACCUACAACGUCACCAUCCACUGGCACGGCGUGAGGCAGAUGCGGACGGGGUGGUCGGACGGGCCGGAGUUCGUGACGCAGUGCCCGAUCCGGCCGGGGGGCAGCUACACGUACCGCUUCACGGUGGCCGGGCAGGAGGGCACGCUGUGGUGGCACGCGCACAGCUCCUGGCUCCGGGCCACCGUCUACGGCGCGCUCAUCGUCCGCCCGCGCGACCCCGUCCCCUACCCCUUCGACUUCCACGGCGAGCUCGCCCCCAUCAUGCUCGGCGAGUGGUGGGACAUGAACCCCAUCGACGUCAUCCGCACCGCCACGCGCACCGGUGCAGCUCCCAACGUCUCCGACGCCAUCACCGUCAACGGCCAACCCGGCGACCUCUACAACUGCUCCUCCCAAGACACGGCCGUGUUCCCGGUCAAGUCCGGCGAGACCAACCUAUUGCGCUUCAUCAACGCGGCGCUCAACACCGAGCUCUUCGUCUCCCUCGCCGGCCACACCAUGACCGUCGUGGGCGCCGACGCCUCCUACCUCAAGCCGUACAACGCCACUGUCAUCGUGCUCGGGCCUGGCCAGACCACGGACGUCCUCGUCACUUUCGACCAGCCGCCGGGCCGGUACUACCUCGCCGCUCGCGCCUACGCCAGCGCGCAGGGCGUGCCCUUCGACAACACCACCACCACCGCCAUCUUUGACUACGGCGCCGGUGGCACGGCGAGCCCGGCGAUGCCGACCCUCCCGGCGUACAAUGACACAGCCACGGUGACCACGUUCACGACGAGCCUGCGCAACCUCCACUCGGUGGGCCUCCCCUCGGCGGUCGACGAGGACCUUUUCUUCACCGUCGGCGUCGGCCUCUUCAACUGCUCCAGCGGACAGAACUGCGGCGGCCCCAACAACACGCGGUUCGCUGCGAGCAUCAACAACGCCUCCUUUGUGCUCCCCUCCACCGUCUCCAUCCUCCAGGCACACUACCAGGGCGAUGCCGCCGCCACCGGCGUCUUCACCACCGACUUCCCCGCCAACCCGCCGGUGCAGUUCGACUACACGGCGCAGAAUGUGAGCCGCGCGCUCUGGCAGCCCGUGCCAGGCACCAAGGUGUACAAGCUCAAGUACGGCUCCGUGGUGCAGAUCGUGCUCCAGGGCACCAACAUCUUCGCCGGGGAGAACCACCCUAUCCACACCCAUGGCUACGACUUCUUCAUCCUCGCUGAGGGCUUCGGGAACUUCGAUGCCGCUACCGACACCGCAAAGUUCAACCUCGACGACCCGCCAAUGAGGAACACGGUGGGCGUCCCGGUGAAUGGGUGGGCUGUCAUCCGGUUCGUCGCCGAUAACCCCGGGGUGUGGCUGAUGCACUGCCAUCUGGAUGUGCACAUCACCUGGGGCCUCGCCAUGGCCUUCCUGGUCGAGGAUGGGGUAGGAGAGCUGCAGUCCCUUGGGGCACCCCCACCAGACCUGCCAAUUUGCUGA